AGAGGGGGGGUACCAAUAAAGGACAAACGCCGAUUUUGUUUCUGAAGCAAGCCAGCCCCUUCCUCUUUCCCUCUCUAAUUAUUAAUGGAGGCACUGGAUUCUUUGGGAGAGCCUGAUAUCAAUGAUGUCGAAGAAGAACAAGUUCACUAUGCUUCUGGGCCCGCAUCCAAAUUGCAACCCAGGGCGGUUGUGUCCAAGGCUCGCUGGAAUGAUGAGAUGGGCAUGGCUCAAGUUGUAGUUCAGAAGGGCACAUUUUCCAAGUCUACUGGAAUUGUUCGUAGUGGCAACCUCUAUUACUCCAUUGAGGAAGUUCUGUUUUUGGUUGAAAUAGGGGCUUUAGUUCUCUUGGAUGAGAGUGAUACUGGCCGCCUUUCCUUGGAAGAUGUAUAUGUGAAGAUGUCAGGUGGGAAGUAUGGAUGCUGUUGGGAGGAAUUUCGAGCUUAUAGGCAACUCAAAUCUCUUGGUUACAUUGUUGGGCGUUAUGGUAUUCCCUGGUCUCUGAAGAAGGCUAAGAGUAAUUGUGAAUCUAUUUCUUCCCAAGGUUGUCCUGACAGUGAUGAGGCGGUGAACUUGGAAUCAGAAGAGAUCAGGUCUGUCAUUGGAUUGUUCAAUGAGAUGCAGAUUAAUGAAGCCAGGCCGGUUUUUAAUGUGUAUCUCCCUAACAGCAAGUUCAGGAAGUCUUCUCCCGGUGAUCCAUGCUUUGUGCUCUGUUUUACUAGGGGAUAUCCGCCAUCCAGAGCAGAGCUUGAAGCCCUCGAGGGACAAUGUAGGAGCAUUCCUUUGAAGUUUUGUAAUGUGGAGCAGGGACGGGAGGCCUAAAAAGGGCCAGAACAAAAAGCAGAAAAAAGCCAACUUAUAAUCCCAGACUUCCUGGGUCUUGAAACAUCAACAAGGUCAUCAAGAAGUGCAGCUUUAGCACCAGUCAGGAGGGGAGGAAAACAUGCUCAAUGCUGUGCUUGGCUAAUGGAGCAUUGUUGUACAUUAAUCAAUUUAAUUGCAGUGUUCUUUAUUUUUUAAACUUGUUCCUAGUUGUUUGGAUACUUCAAAUUUGAGUUUUGGGCUGCUUGGCCCCAAUUUGGAUGUAUAGCGACAUCCACAUA